AUGUCACCCGCGCCUUACCAUUCCUUUGCUACUUUAUGGGACUUAAGCGUUUUUCAACAUGUCAGAGUCACGGGAAGGAUCGGAUCCAACCAACACGGUGGCGCCGCCUUUUCCCAUUCCACCUCGCUCAACCCUCAACCACCCAGCCUCGUAACGUCUCACUGUACGGCGGCGCUCAACGGAGCUACUGUCUCUCUAGGCUCAGCUUCCUCUCAGGAUUGCGCCGCCUCCUCGACAUCUCGUCAGCCCUCCGCCUUUCCUGUCGAUGUUGAACGUCCAAAUUCGGAAAAUUUUGGACCUGUGAACUUUUCCCUCAACGUCCAACUUCACGCUCUCCCCUCCCCUCCCCCCGCGCAAUGUCUUCAUGAUUGGAAUCCCCCGACGACACAUGAGUAUGCGGUGGGCGGAUGGGUAAUGCAAUUUCGAGACCAUCGACUGAUACUCGCAAGAUACUGGUAUUCAGUGCAAUUGCUCUGA